GUCUGAGCAUCUCCGUACCGGGUACGAGAAGGAGCUCAACGACCAUUGGAACAAGCUAGAGCAAGCCCACCUAGGACUGGGGGAGGCUUUGAAGGCCGAGGAUGAUGAGCAGAUCAACCUUCAGGUUACGGAAGCUGGCAAGGUCAUUGAUGCCAUGGUCAAGGGUGCAUUCAAGACGAUUAAGCCACAGUUGGUGGAGAAGAAGCGGCCCGAUGCCAAGUCCAAGCCGCAGGCCAAGAAAGGUGCUGGAAGCAAGGCAGUGCAGAAGAAAGCAAAGUGA